AUGAAAAGCGUUUGUCCUCUCCUCUGUCUUGCUUUCUUCUUAUUGACCCUUUUAAAUAUAAUAAAGUGUGAUAAAUUAAUUUCCAAAUUAACAAAACAUGGAGAUCUAGAUUUAGUUCUAUUAUAUGAUAUAGGUCUGAUUGAUGAUACUGAAAACAGUCAUUUGAAUUCUUUAGAAAAUAUAGCUGAACUAGGAAAAAAUUUGCUAGUUAGAAAUAAUAAAAAUAUAACUUUAUCAUAUAUAACAUAUGAUGAUAUAAAUGUUGAUUUAAAAAUUGAAUCAAGUAAUAAUGAUAAAGUAGAUAAUGCAAAUAAAUAUGAUAAAUAUGAUAAAUAUGAUAAAUAUAAUUAUAAUAAUGAUAAAAAUAUAGAAGAAUUUCAAAAUAAAGUUUUAGGUACCAAAUUAAAAUCAUCAUAUAAAAACUCAGCACAUUUAAAAGCAUUAAAUUAUGUAGGGUUAAAACAUUUUUAUAAUUCAAAUAAAGAAUCAAUUAAAAUGGUUAUAAUGUUUAUGAAUACAAAUGGUGAUUAUAAUAUGAGUGAUAUUAAAUCUUCUAAUUAUCAUGCAGAAUUAAAUUCAAUACAUUAUUUAUUUGAUAGAAAAAAUAUUAUAUUAAAUAUAAUAACAAAAGUAGCUUUUAAAAAUUAUUGUCAUUAUAUACAACAAAUUGGUUCUAAUACUAAUGAAUUAUUAAAAUGUGUCUUGAAAAAUUCUUUUUAUAAUAAAUCAGCUUUAACUUAUGAAAUUCAAAAAUAUUAUGAUGAUAUAUCAAUAAAUGCAAUAUGUCAUCCAUGGUCUCAAUGGUCUCAAUGCUCUGUGACAUGUAAUAUGGGUUAUCAUUUUAUAAAAAGAAAUUCAUUAGGAUAUAUACAAAAUUCUAAGAGUGGAUUAUAUAAAAGGAAAGGCAGAAGUUGUUUAGAACAAAGAAAUUUAAUAAUUCAAGAAUGCUUUAAUACAUCUUGUGAUCACUCAUUAGAUAUAUGUGAUCAUCUAUAUAUGGAUAUAUCAAUAUUAUUAGAUGACUCAUCAUAUAUCACAUUAGAAUCAUGGAAUAAAUAUAUUAUACCUUUUCUUAGAAAAUUUAUAACUCAUUUUAAUAUUAAUCAUAAUCAAAUUAAUUUCUCAUUAACUACAUAUUCUAAUCAUACUUAUAAUUGGGUCGAUUUUUCAAACAUACUUUCAAAGGAUAAAGAUAAAUUAUUAACAUAUCUAGAAUAUUUUAAAUUUAAUUUUGGAUCCUCUACAAAAGAUAUCAAGCAAGCCAUACAAUAUAUGAAUGAUCAUGUUUUAAAUACAAACUAUCAAAGAAACGAUGCAAAGAAAGUUAUGAUCAUCAUUAAUUCAGGGGAGGUCGAUAAUAAAACUGUUAUGUUACUACCAGAUAUUCUGAAAAAUGUUAAGGAUACUCAUAAUAUUCAAGUAUAUUCUAUAUGUAUUAAUAAUCAGAAUGUCGAAAACUGCAAAAAGUUAAGUACUCAUUCGAUUGAAAAGGAUGGAUCCAACUAUUCUUAUUCCUUCUCAAAUGCUUCAGAUUUGAGAUAUAAUAUGUUUGGCAUACAAAAAAAUAUAUGUCGCAAUGUGGUAGGAAAGGUUAGAAGAAAGCUGAGAAGUGGUGCAAACAUGGAAAGGGGUGGUAGUAAUGGAGAUGAAGAUGACAAUAAAGAUGAAGAAAAAAAUAGCAGCAUUGUCCAGAAAGAAAAAAGCGAGAGUGAUAACAAACCAGAUGAACAAAAGGAAAAAGGAAAUAUAUCCACUUCAACUGAGCAUAAUAUAUCAGUAAGAAUGAAUGAUGAUAUUGAUGAUAUUUAUGAUGAUGAUGAUGUUUAUGAUGAUGAUAUAAUCACACAUGAUAAUAUAAGAACAUAUGAUGAUCCUGUUAGUCAAGACAAUUCAACCUUUGAAAAUCAAAAUUUUAUGGGAAGAAAAAAAUACGAUUCCAAAUAUACAAGCAAAUUAAGUAUUAAUAGCUUAGGAAAUAUAAAUGAAUCUAAUGAUAGUCAUAAUAAUUAUGAUUAUUAUGAUGAUGAUUCAUUAAAUCAAAAUAAGGGAUUUUUAAAAAAAAAUUCAAUUAUUUUGAAAUCGUUAUAUAAUUUAAAUGAAGAUUAUGUAAAUAACAAUAUAAAUAAUAAUGAUAAUAAUAGUAGUACUAGCCGUUCUGGUAAUAAUAAUUGUGGUAAUAAUAAUUGUGGUAAUAAUGAUAUACCACAUUUUAAAAAUAUGAGGAAAUAUAAUUCAGAAACUAACAUCCCUAGCUGUAGUAAGAAUAAUAAAAGUUCAAAUGGAAAAUUGUUGAAUCGUUUAUAUAAUAUGUUAUUUAGAAAAAAAAAAAAAUAUAGAAUUAAAAAUAUUGAUAAAGAUUCAAAAAAAAAAGUAGAUAAAUUUAUUCAAAAUAUAAAAUUGUUAAAUGACAAUAAUGAUGAUAAUAAUAAGAUUGAUGAAAAGGAUAUAGAAAUACAAUUUGAUACUUUGUUAAAUGGUAUAUUUGAUUUCUUACAAGAUUAUGAUAAUUCAAGUGUCACUACGUUUAAUGAUUCUAUAUUAGAUGAUGAUUGUGAUUAUUUUUUGAAUGCAAGAUCUUGCGGUAUCUCCCUAUCGAACCUUCCUACAUGCGAUAAGGUGAAUGUGGAAUCUGAAAUAGGAGGAGAAAGAGAUGAUGAUGAAGAUGAUGAAGAUGAUGAAGGUGAUGAAGAUGAUGAAGAUGAAGAAGGUGAUGAAGAUGAUGAUGAUAAUGAUGAUAAUGGUGAUGAUUAUGAUAAUAAUGAUAAUGGUGAUGACCAGUCUAAUAAUAAUAAUGAAAAUGUUGGUGGUGAUGAUGAUGAUGACCAGUCUAAUAAUAAUAAUAAUAAUAAUAAUAAUGAGAAUGAUGAUGGUGAUGAUCAUAAUGAUAAAAACAACGACUAUAUAUCUCAAUAUAACUUGAUAUUAAAAGAUAAAUCACAUAAUGAUAAUAAUUAUAUGACAAAUGAACAUGAACAAAAGAUGGGGGGAGACAAAAAAGAAAAUAUGGAUAUAUUAUCAAAUGAAGAAGAUAAUAUUUCCUCGAAACAUAAUAAUGACCUUCAGAGAGUUAAGAGAUCAUUAUAUUUACCAGAAAAUUUUAUUAAAGACAAUUAUGAAAAAACAAAAGAUAUUCAUAUAUCUAAAAAGGAAGAUGACAAUGAAAAUAAUAAUAGUAAAGUACAUAUUAAUUCUCAAAGUAAAGAGGAAAAUAAAAAUGUUGUAGACAAUACAAUUCCUUGUAAUAAUAAAAAUAUAAAUGAAGAAGAUAAUGAUAUUAAUAAUUCAAUAAAAAUUCCACAUAUUGGAAUAUUUGAUAAAAGCAAAAUAAAUUGUAGAAAUAAAAAAGCAUCUAAAUUUGAUAAAAUUAAACGAUUUAAUGACAAGAUAAAUAAUUAUAAUAAUCCAUUAAUAACAAAUCUGGAAAAUAAAAAUGAAGAAAUAAUUGUGCCAAAAAAUAAUGACGAUGAAAAACAAAAAAUACUUUUUCCUAUAAUUAAAAAUGAUAAUCCAAAAGAGACAGGAGAGAAAUAUGAAAACAAUGUUGUAUAUGAAGAAAAUAAUAAAAGAGAUAUUAAUAAUAAUGAUAUGCAUAAUAAGGAUGUAGAAAAAUUAUAUAAAGAUAAAAAUUCACAUCAUAUAAAAAAUAAAUAUGAUAAAGGUAAUCUUACAGAAAAUAAUGAAGUAAUGCAAAGAUAUUCAAAAGAUAAUGAUGAAGAUGAUGAAGAGUAUGAACACUGGCAUGGACAUCAACAUGAUACAAAAUAUACACCUGUAUAUAAAUAUGCAGCUUCUUUUACAUUGGCUGCUAUUUUAUUUUUAGGUUUAUCCUUAUAUUAUAUAAAUAAUAGAAAAGGUAAACAAAUUAUAAAUGCAAAAGCGUCUAAUGAUUUUCCAGUAUAUACUAAUGUGAAGGAAGUAUCUUGUAAGGAACAAAAUAUAGAAACAAUGAAUGAAAUGCAAUGGCAAUAA